AUGUUUGAUGCAGUGAAGUCUUCAUGGCCACGCCCAUUGUUCAAUGCAAUCAAAGUCCCGGCCGCCUGGAACAUUUGGAAACAAAGGAACAUAUGCUACUUUGACAAGAUUACUGCAUCCCUGUAUGAUUGGAAAAGAGCACUCAAAGCUAACUUGGAAAAUCUUAAAUUCAGAGUUAAUCCUGAAUUGGUCUCCUUUCUUGAUAGCUUCAUCCCAAACCUAUCUCUAAGGUUUUGUAGUACAUUUCUUGGAACGUUACAAAAUUUCUAUGGUUUCCGGUUUUUCCCCUCGCUCACUUACUCACCCACUCACCCAGUCGCCUCUUCACGCUCAUUCCCCUCGCUCACCCACUCCACCAAAUCCCUAUCCCGCGUCGGCGACGCACCUCCCCCUCACUCGCGUCGGCGAAUCAACCGCGUCGCCGCCCUUCUCCUCAGGCGUCGCCGCCGGGCCUUCUCGUCUGCGUCACCUCUCCCUCUCGCCUGCAUCCUCAGCGCCACAGUCGAGCCAAAGUUGGAUAUUUUAGCGAGGUCGAGUAGGAGCGUGAGAAGCGCGGGCACGACGGCCUUGUCCUGCUCGAGGAAGGCGGCGACGGAUGCUAGCGCUCCUCGCCGCCAUCGACCUGCAAGGAGGAGCGCCGUGUUGGACGUUGCCAUCUCCGACGCUGCUGGUACUCCUCCGCCGCUACGAGUGCCCUGUCACCUGCACCCAGAUGUAUUGUGGUCAAGAACUGCUCUCUGCCGCGGGAGUAGAUUGGAAAGGCUGCUGCUGCCACUACCACUCGCCGAUUCGGGCAUGAGCACAUUCUUGGAGUGGAUCUGCAUUUCAGAAAGUUAACAAGUGGGAGUACAUGGAGUACUACAUUUUAAGUCGAGGAGAAGAUGGUGCCUGCUCCGUGAUGAUGCCACCAGCACCUACGACUUCCUCGACCACCACCACCAUGAUGACGACUUCCUCGAACGUGUUUAGGCCCUGGACACUGUUUGGAAUCUGUGAAAAGAACGCAACAGGAGAACUUUUGAAGCAAAAGAGGCAUCGGCUAAUGUGGUUUUCUCCCUGAGUAGGGACAAGGUUAAGGCCUUCAGGGCUGCUUGGCGCGAGGGAUACCCCUGGUUUUUCUUGUUUCUUUCUUCUUCUUAAUUACCUUUAUCAUGUGCAAAUCUUCUAUGUUCCAGCUCUUUCUGCAGGCUACUUUAGCUGUUCUUUUUCUGAAGCUAAGCAUGUUGUGAGAAAGAUAGCAGGAAACAUGAAAGUCCAAUUCAGAGACGAGCUGUGCAGAUAGAAAUUCAUGUGUCACGUUCUUUGAAUUUUGCUGUAACUUACACGAUGAUAGCGAACCAUUUUGUGGUGGUUACGUUCAUCCUCAAUCUCAAGCUCUUUAAGCGUA